GUGAAAUUGAGGAAAUAAAUAAUAGAAUAAAAAUAAAUUAUGUGAUAUUCUGUGGUAAUAAUUGGGCAUGCGCAAAAAGCGGAAAUUUACUUCCGGGGACUACACAAACCAGGAAGUAAACAGCAACAAGUGAAAAUGGAAAGUAAAGAUUCAAAACUAAUAAAGAAAACGGGCAGGAAAACCCCUAAGUACUGUUGUAUUUGUAAAGGAAUUUACAGAGGAAAGGUUAUUGAUGGGAGAAAAGUGUCAUUGCACCGUUUUCCUCAGAACAAACGUUUAAAACGUGUGUGGGUGCAGCGAUGUAAAACGGUCAUGAGAUCGUUCCAGUGGAAUGAACACAGACGAUUGUGUAGUGAGCAUUUUGUUGGCUUCAGAGGACCUUCAUUCCAGCAUACACUUCCAUCUAUGUUUCCAACUGAGACUGGUGCUACCAAAACCUUCCAGCCAACGCUCCUUGAUGAAGACGUAGGUGAUGAUGAUGAUGGUGAUACGGUCAAUGACGAUUUAGACCUAGAACUGUCAAAUGAUGAUAGUAUACAGCCACAACUGUCAUUUGUAUCCCCUUCCGGGCAUGCCAUUGAUACCUCUGUCCACCUGCAUGAUUACUGCAUGGGACCAGUACUACAGCCACAGAAUCAGUCCUUUAGAUGUUGUGACACACAGACUGAGAACAACUGUGCAGUGAUGGAAGUACAAACUGAAGAAAGUUUCCUGGGAAAAACAGCAGACUUCAGUUCACAAACAGAACAUUCUACUAGAGACUUUGGUGUACAAUGUCAGCUACCUAUGCUCACAUAUGAUGACGUAAAAUACAAUGACGAUUUGGUCAGUUUUUACACCGGAAUCCCUAAUCGAGUUGUGUUUGAAGCUUUGUUUGAUGAAAUCAAGGAUGAAGCUGAAGUGCGGACAUCAAGGCGGAAACUUAACUAUAAAGAUUCAGAUGGAGGACGGCCAAGAACUCUAAGUGUUCUGGAUGAAUUUUUCAUGGUGCUGAUGCGCCUACGUCUAGGUCUGUUAUUUGAAGAUCUAGGUACUAGGUUUUGCAUAUCCACUUCACAAUGUAGUGACAUUGUUGAAAGAUGGAUCAACUAUUUACAUGUACAAUUAUCCUUUCUUGUUCAAUGGCCAUCUCGUGAGGUAGUGAAAAAUAACAUGCCUGAACAAUUUAAAGAGAAAUAUUCUAACACUAGAAUUAUUAUCGACUGCACUGAAAUUUACAGUGAAACAUCCAGUUCUCUUUCUUUGAAAAGUUUAAUGUACAGUGAUUACAAGUCUCACAUGACUCAUAAGAUUUUGGUGGGUAUAAGCCCAAAUGGUGUUGUAACUUUUGUUUCUGACUGUUGGGUGGGCUGUACCAGUGACAAGAAACUCACAGAAAAAUGUGGACUCUUGGACUUGCUUGAAGAAGGAGACGCCAUAAUGGUUGAUAAGGGUUUCACUAUUACAGACCUUACUACUCCAAGAGGCAUUCAUCUCAUUAUUCCACCAUUUAAACAGAAAGGAAAACAAUUCUCUAAACGUGAGGUUCUCCUUACAAAAGAUAUUGCAAGUUUACGAAUACAUGUUGAAAGGCAAAUGGAGAGAAUCAAGAACUUUCGAAUAUUGCAUGGCAAUAUUCCUAUAACACAGUCAAGGAGAAUUUCUAAAGUGUUCAAAAUAUGCACAUAUUUGACAAAUCUAUGGCCACCACUUGUUCAAUAAUAACUCAUGUGUCAAUGAAAGCGUUUGUAUAUAUCAAGCAUUAGAUUUAGGGAUAAAAACUUGUAUACUUCUAACUAGAACAAUGAAAUUACAAUUUUGUUUUAAAAUCAUUUUUUCGAGCAAGUUAUAUGAUAACAUAUGAGAUUACACAUUUGAUUCAGGUUUGACAAAAAUGGAUAAGGAAAUAUGCUCAUGUGAAUGGAUUUCAAGAUUUGAUUUGAAACAUGUAUGCAUUAACUGAUCAAUUUAUUGAUAUAAUUUUUUGUUUGUGAAACAUCUGCUUUGUAUUUUGUGGUUUUAUUAUUUGUAACAUUUCUAAGAAUAAAAGUCAA